AUGAGCUCAGUGGCGGAGAUUAUAGAAGCCUGCGAGGGGUACAAAGCUGAUGGGAACGAGUACUUCAAAGCAGGUAAUUAUAAAAAGGCUCUAUUUAAAUACCAUCUGGCCCUCAACGAGUUACGAGUGUUGAGAGACCCUAAUGGGCAGAAGUCCGAGGCAGAUAGUUUAGCGUCUAUGGUGGGGCCAUCGGGGGAGGGGAGACCUACGCCCACUAGGGCCGAGGAUUUGGCCCAUAUCAACGAGUUAAAACGGACGAUACAUCUUAAUAUGGCUAACUGCUACUGUAAAGAAGCAAAGUUCAAGAAGGGCGUUGAUGCUGCUACUACCUCGAUCGAGUUGAAGCCGACGGCUAAGGCCUUCUACAGGAGAGCAGUAGCGUGGGCUGGCAGAGGGGACUAUGAUGCUGCCAUAUCGGACUUAAAUGAGGCUGCUUCCCUCGACCCAACUGAUAGGUCGAUUAAGGUCGAGAUGGACUUAAUCGAACGGAAGAAUAAAGCCGAGACUGCUAAGCAACGGAGGAAGCUAGCUGGUAUGUUUGAACGCUCCUGA